UAAUUUUAUUGGGUCGAAGAAAGGAAGGUGUGAGAGACAUUGUCAGUUGUGUCAGAGAUAUUUGGGUAAGACGUUACAAUAAGUGUCAAGUUCUCUUUCAGCCCAUUGAACUUGAAUUGUGUAAACAUUACACGAGAAUUUAUUUUGAAUUCGAUUGAUUUGCUGAUCAUCAACCCCAUUCAGAGAUGUCGGGGGAUAUGAAUAUGAAUGCUGAUCAGCUGAGUGAGCAUGUUGAAGAUAAUAUCGAAGAUGCGAUAGAGGAGGAGGAACAAUCCCAAGGCGAUCUGCAUGCGGUACUUAUUAAUGAAUCUGGUGGGCCAGUUUAUGGAGGUUGCGAGGGACCAGAUGCUAUGUACGUCAAAUUGGUAAGCAGUGAUGGUCAUGAAUUCAUAGUAAAGCGCGAACAUGCUUUGAUUAGUGGGACAAUCAAAGCAAUGUUGAGUGGCCCUGGACAGUUUGCCGAAAAUGAAGCCAACGAGGUCAACUUCCGUGAAAUUCCCUCUCACGUUCUUCAGAAAGUUUGUAUGUACUUCACAUACAAGGUCCGUUAUACGAACAGCAGUACAGAAAUACCUGAAUUUCCAAUAGCGCCUGAGAUUGCAUUGGAACUACUUAUGGCUGGCAAUUUCUUAGAUUGUUAGACAGGGUUGAUGAUAACUGAAUCAAAAAGUGCCGGGGAAACAUCCAGGAUCAGGUUCAAAUUACUGAGGACUCGAUGGAGAUUUGGAAUUUAGAUACUUAACAAAAUGUGUAAAAUCCUUGUACACUGAGAGAUACAAUAACACAGGGAAGAGUGCUGUAUAUCAGAAGGAAAGCUGAAACAUAUUAAUAUGAAAUUCGGACAAUGAUAUGACUGUGGAGGUCUGAGACGCCAUGUGGCAUAUCUUAGUUGAAUGCGCGGUAAUUCAUUUUUAUUUGUGGACACAAGGAGUUGCAAUGCUUAACUUUUUUGUUCUUAGGACAACCGGACCUUGUAGUCAUAAGCUUGAGCUCCAGAUGAAUAUAUUUGAAUUUUAAUCUCUAGCUCUUUAAUGCACAUGGCAAGACAUGGAAUAUUUAUAUGAUUCUUUGUUUGGAAUAUCUGACAUGGUCGCAUAUUUAUGGAUUAGGAGAUAAUCUACAACUGAAUUUCUAAGAUUGUCGAACAUGAAGUAAUAUCCCAAAUCAAGUUAUUGAAAAUUACCGUUUGUUCAAAGCUUGCUACUAACGCGCCUGGUAUAUGAAUUAUCAGUAGCUCUCGCUCACAAGUAUCACUGGGAGUAAUCUAAUAAUCUAAUAUAAUAAAAAGAACAUUUUACUAUUA